UGUUGUCAUCUUCAACCAAUAGUGAACCGCUACAUUGUAUCGGCACUGACUCUUGUUAUUUCAGCCGUAAUUGUUCUUUCAUAUUAUUGAUACCAGCCGAACACUCUCGAUAAAAAAAAUAAUUUAUUGGGUUUAUGAAAACCUUUUGAAAUUUUGAACGCAACGUUUGAAAUUAAUUGUAUUGAAAUAUACAAGCAUGGUGCUGUUAAGUUGUUUGCGGAUGAGAAGCAAGGAGUUUCAUUGGAGACUUAUUGGAAAAUAAUGGAUACGUGUGGGUAGCUUUUAAAAAAAACAAUUUCCUGAAGAAAGUGAAGGAAUUUAAUGUAAAGUUGGGUAGUUAGAGAACAGGAGAAAGAAACGGACAGGGGAGUCUCCGCUCGGAGUAAGGAGGAGGAGGAGGAGAAGAGGAGCAUGACGGCUCGGUUCUUAUGGCUGUUAUCUGACUUUCUGAGGCCACUGCUCUACUUUGCUGCUGUAAGGUAGGGCAGCCCUACUCUGCCUGGGAAGCAGCAUCAGACCGACACAUAGACCCCCUACCCCACCAGUGAAGAGUUUUCCUUUUAAUGGAUGCCCAGGUGGCCCUGCCGAUUGUAUGGACAGGUCUUGUCCUGUUGAAUGCCGAGUUAAAGUGGAUUGAUGCUGCCGAGAUCUUCACCAACACUUGGGCUGUCCAGGUCAAUGGGGGCCCUGAGGAGGCUGAACGCAUCGCAAGGGAGCACGGCUUCAUCAACUACGGCAAUGUUUUUGGAGAUUAUUAUCACUUCAGGCACCAUGCCGUGGCGAAGAGGGCAUUGUCAGGACACAAGGGAAUGCACGUCAGACUGGAGAAAGAAACACAGGUCCUGUGGGCGGAGCAGCAAGUGGUGAAACGAAGAAAGAAGAGGGACAUUUUUGAAGACCCCACAGAUCCAGAUUUCCCCAAGCAGUGGUACCUGUCCAAUCCAACACAUCAAGACUUGAAUACGAAAGCAGCUUGGGCUCAAGGCUACACUGGGAGAGGUGUUGUGGUGACCAUCCUGGAUGAUGGUAUUGAAAAGGACCACCCUGACCUCAUCAGCAAUUAUGACCCUGAGGCAAGCUACGAUGUUAAUGAUGGAGAUGCUGACCCCCAACCAAGAUACACACAGCGAAAUGAGAACCGACAUGGGACUCGAUGUGCAGGGGAAGUCGCAGCUGUAGCCAACAAUGGGAUAUGUGGUGCAGGUGUGGCCUUUAACGCAAAAAUUGGAGGUGUUCGUAUGUUGGACGGGCAGGUGACCGACGUGGUGGAGGCUCACUCCCUGAGCCUUAACCCUCAGCACAUCCACAUUUAUAGUGCCAGCUGGGGCCCAGAGGAUGAUGGGAAGUCGCUGGAUGGCCCUGCCAAACUUGCCAAGGAGGCUUUCCUUCAUGGAAUAACCAAGGGCCGCGGCGGACUGGGCUCCAUCUUCGUCUGGGCUUCAGGCAACGGUGGCCGAGAACAGGACAGCUGCAACUGUGACGGCUACACCAACAGUAUUUACACACUGUCCAUCAGCAGCACCACAGAGUCGGGCAACGUGCCGUGGUACAGCGAGCCCUGCUCCUCCACCCUGGCUACCACCUACAGCUCUGGGAAUCCAGGGGAGAAACAGAUAGUGACCACAGACCUGAGGCAGAAAUGCACUGACUCUCACACGGGGACGUCUGCCUCAGCCCCACUGGCUGCUGGGAUCAUUGCUCUGGCUCUGGAGGCAAACAUGAACCUAACCUGGAGGGACAUGCAGCACCUCGUGGUGAGGACAUCCCUGCCGGGGCAUCUUAUCACCGGAGACUGGAAGACCAAUGGAGUGGGACGCAUUGUGAGUCAUUCUUACGGCUAUGGUCUGCUAGAUGCAGGUGCUAUGGUGAGUUUGGCAAACAACUGGACGUCAGUGGGACCUCAGCACCAGUGUGUUAUCACCAUGCUCACAGAACCAAGAGACAUUGGAAACAAGCUUGUGUUCACCAAGAGGGUGGAUGCCUGCUGGGGACGACCAGAGUAUGUCCGAUCUCUAGAGCACGCUCAAGCUCGCCUCACUCUUUCCCACAACCAGCGAGGAAAAUUGGCCAUUCAUCUCAUCAGCCCUCUGGGCACACGUUCCACCCUGCUGUUUCCGAGGCCCAAUGACUAUUCUUCAGAGGGAUUCAAUGACUGGGCCUUUAUGACCACCCACUCUUGGGAUGAGGACCCACAAGGAGAGUGGUCCCUGGAAAUUGAGAACGUUGCAGCUAAUGAACGUGACUAUGGUGUGUUGAGUCAGUUCACUCUCACCCUGUGGGGCACCGGACCCAGCGUUGUUAACCCCUCGUCCCCCGACUUCCCCCGACCAUCCAACAACAGCUGCAAAACAUUCGAUGCCCAGCAGAUCUGUAUUGAGUGCAGCCCGGGCUUCUCCCUCUUCCUCCAAGGUUGUGUGAAGUUUUGUCCCCUUGGUUUCACAUCAGGCCAACAGCUCCUCAACCUGUCGCUUGAGAACUGGGUGGAUCUGUCCUCCGUUCAGGCCUGCUUACCCUGCCAUCUCUCCUGCCUCACCUGCUCAGGUGUCGGACCUACAGACUGCCUUUCCUGUCCGCCUCACAGCCACCUGGUCCUCACCUCCUGUCUGCACCAGAACCAGGUCCAGAGGAAAUCCCCUCUCCCUGGAGGACUGCAGGUUGUGGAGGCUGAGCCAGAGGUGAAGACGCCAGCAGCUGCUGGAGCAGACAAUAACAGCCUACAAGCUGUGAAACCAGGGCUCGCUGCAGCUCCGCCCUCUCAGCUUCCUGUCAUCUUGGCAGUUCUCAGCUGUGCCUUCAUCCUAGCUGCCUUCGUCGGGGUCUUCUUCUUACUCCAGAUGAACUCAGGAGAAGCUUCUUUGGCCUGGAGGACCAAACUGCCCUCUGUGUUUUCAGACACUAGGAGGACUCGACUGGGCUUUGGUUUGGGCUUCCAGCGGGGGCGGGAGAGGAAGGCUCGAAUAUGCUACAAGGGAAUCCCCACUGUGUGGGCUGACGAUGACACCACCAUCUAUGAGUCUGAAUCAGACAUCGAGGAAGUGGACGGUCACAGUGAGAGGACAGCUUUUAUCAGGACGCAUAGCUUGAUGUAGGUGGAUCUGUCGCAGUUGUUGUGGUUUCCUCCCACCGCAGCGUGGAGGGUGUUAGAUCUGACUGUGCAGAGGUCAAACAUGAAGGAUGGAAGAAAAAAAAAAACGCAGGCCUUACUAUCCAAUCAGCAUCACAUACUGAUGCCAUUUCUAGGUUUUUACCGAUCCUAUUUGCUUAAUGAUGCUAUGAUUGUUGUGUUCAUUUUGACCUUUCACCUGUAAAGCGUGUUGCAUAAUAUUACACCCGUUUUUCAUUUCCUGUCAGGUAAAACCACCAACUUAAAUGUAUUUAAUUUCUGUGAUAGACCAACGCAUGGUGACUCUUUCUUCCAGGUAGGAUCUGGCAAACUUUAAAUUGGACUUAAUAAAAAAUGUUCAUUGCCACUCUUCCUUUAGGGCUGGAUUUGUGGAUUAGACAAAUAAUAUUUGUCCUCCUAAAAUAUUUAAUGACUUUUAAAGCCAAUGGUUUCCUAUUUAUUGUAUUUAAAGAUUACCAGAGUAAAAACUGCUGAAUAAAAAUUAGCACUACACUCAUUAAAAUCUUUAUUUUAAAUAAAUAAAAAUAAAAAAACUAUUCAAGCCACAUACAUAUUAUUUCACUGUCAUCCACUAUUUUCUAAUGGUCUAUCAUGUAAAAUCCAAAUGAAACAGGUUCAUGUUUGAGGUUGUGACAUGAAAAAAGGUGGAAAAUUUAAAGGAGUAUUGAAUACUUUAGCAAUGCAUUAUAUGAAGUAUUAAGCAAAUAUUGAACACGUCUGUAACCAUUCUCAGUUUAAAGACGUUUGCUGGAUAUUAUUAAGAGGAUUGGUAUAAUGCUCUUGUAAAAAGAGAAAAAAUGAAAAGUACAGUUGGAAUGAAAGCAGAAGGCAAAGUGUCAAGUGUAAUUUCACCUACAUUUACACCUACAUCUCCCAGAAUGCAACGCUGUAAUAGGUGUUAUAUGAACUGUCUCCACAAGCUGAAUGUCUGCAAACAUCAAAGCACAUUUAUUUGGGCUGUAAUGUCCCACAAACUGCCCUUACAUGACUCCUCCAGAACCACAUGAGGUAUUUCAACCUGAUCCUAAUCAGUAGGCUGGAGUCUGGGAGGAGUAGUCAAGAGAAAAAAAAAAAAAAAUGGAUGAAACAUUUUAAAUCUUGCAGUUCAUUACUUCAUCAAACCCACAUCUGAUGAAUCCCCCAAAUCCAAACCAGGCUUUGAUAGUUUUAUGUUUUAGAUAUAUUUAUUUCCUGACAGUCUGCAGAGCUCGAAGUUAGGAGGUUUGCAUGCUAUUCAUUAAUAGUUGGAAAACUUUAAUUUGAAGAUCUCUGCAGCACCGUGGGACGCCAUAAUAAUGCAUCCCGCAGGCUGUUCUAGCAGGAAACUGUGGAGGAUGUUCAGCCCCCAUUCCAGCUACAGUAAGGAGACAUAUCUGAUGUAUCACUCAGAGAAAUGUACUGAUGUACUUUUUUCUCCUAUUUUAAUGACUCUAUGAAAUCAGUUAGCCAAAGGCUGCUUGGUCGACCUUUGGCAGCCUUGUCCCAGUUGGUUGCUGCUGGUAGAGAAAAAAAUAUGAUCAUUUUCUUCUCAUUUUCCCCACAGAGUGCAGUAUAUUGAUUUCAGAGGCUGCUCUCCCAGAACAUUUUCAUCAAGGUGAAGUUCCCUCCCCGUCUAUUGUCAGCUCCAUACAUUAAAAAGGCAUCCACCAGCUUUAUUUCCCAUCUGUGUAGACUGGGCUCUACACAGGCUGAAUCAAAGCCUUUGGAUUUAAAGGUUGGAAUAAUUGCAGUUACUGAAAAAAUUGGAUAUCUUGUAUUUCUUUUUCUAUGUUUGUUUUAUAGCUCUUUUUUUUAUUCAACUGAUAACGAAUGUUUAAAGUUCUGGAGAUGAGUUUCAUGCUGGAUUAAAAAGACUUGGCUGUUGCA